UUACGAUGUGCAGAAACGAAAAAAGUUUACACAUCACAGCCCCAAUCAGUCCAACGGUCCAACCCCAUCCCCAUCCCCGCCUCGGGCGCGCGCGAAGCUCCGCCGCCGCCGCCGCCGUCGCCGCCGCUGCAAGGGAUGUCGCUCUGCUUCUGCAGCGCGGGGAGCCGGCGCCUGCUCCUCCCUCGCCUCUUCCUCGGCCGGCGCCCCCAGGUCUUGCGCCCCCUCCUCCUCCUUCGCACCACCGCGACCGCCGCCGGCUCUUCCUCGACUACAUCUCUCUCACCGCAGCAGCAGCGCCAGGUCUCCCUCUACGUGGACGUCCUCCUCGACUGGAACCAGAGGAUGAACCUUACCGCCGUCACGGACGAGGCCGAGGUCAUGACGCGCCACGUGGUCGACUCGCUCGCCGUGCUUCCCCCACUCGAGCGCGCAUACACCUCCCGCGGCGGCGACAUUUCUGGCAUCAGCCUUGUCGAUGUCGGCUCGGGCGCUGGGCUCCCCGGGCUGAUCCUUGCUGUUGCGCGGCCAAGCUGGAAGUUUACGCUGUUGGAGUCAAUGAGGAAGCGGUGCACGUUCUUGGAGCACGCAGUUGAGGUCAUGGGGCUGUCAAAUGUGGAUGUGGUGUGUGACCGAGCUGAGAAUGCUGGCCAAAAUCAUGAUUUGAGAGAGUCAUUUGAUGUAGCAGCUGCAAGAGCUGUUGCAGAACUGAAAAUUUUAGCUGAGUACUGCCUCCCGUUGGUUCGUGUUGGUGGUCUAUUUAUAGCUGCUAAAGGGCACGAUCCUCAUGAAGAAAUAAGAAGUGCAAAAGCUGCAGUUGGUAAAUUGGGUGCCUCCAUGCUAGAUUUGUGCAGUGUAACUCAAUUUAGACCUGAGAAGGGGAUAAGCACAGAUGUCUUAAGCCUCUCUUGGUUGGCAGUUGAAUCAAUUGGACCUCAUGGUCAACGAACGGCAGUUGUGUACCUAAAGGAGCGCACUACUCCAAAGAAAUACCCUCGGCAACCAGGCACCCCUUCUAAGACACCAUUAUGAGGAGAAGCAUGCUGACUUUAUGGUAGCUAGACACACAAUGAUCAAAAGAUGGUCCGUGGAUGGAUACUCUCCCUCCAAAUGGACAUCCAUUGGAAGACGAUGAUUGUUGUAGAAGCAUCGUAGAAUUAAUCUACCACCCUGACAGCAAGAAUUUGUUGUUUGCCAGGGAUACUGAUGCUUCACUCCAUGUAUUUGUAACAAAAAGUCGCAGAUGUUCCACUAGAGAAUACAGAUGCCCUGUUUAUGUUAUUCUUGGACGGUAUUUCUUAUGUAGAACAGAGAAACAGAUGUUGGUCUCGAACAGCGCAGAAUGUCCCAUGGGGAAAUGUAUAAUACUGGUAGCACUGAGCUAAAGUCUUCAACCGCUACAACUCAAGUUAGAAAUAAGUUGUCCUUGUCA